AGUUGUUUUAUUAAUUCACUGCACAGGUAGCUCCUAUUUUGUCUCCAACAUGAAGAUCACAGUGCACCUUCUCCUGAUUGUCUUCUCAGCUCUUGUUAAGCUUUCUACAGAAUCUACAUCAGAAAAUUCAACAUCAUCUUCCUCCUUACCUGAAUGCCCAGAGCAGGACAUCUGCAAAUUGGCCAGCUUCUGCUGCAUAGAGUCUGUGGAUUCCUUCGGAUGGAUCGCUGCCGCGGUUGGCUGGAGCUUGCUGUUUCUCACACUCAUUAUUAUGUGCAUAGGAAAAGUCAUGGCCCUGACCCCAGAUGAACCCAAAUAUUUACAGGCUUAAAGGGAAAAAGCCGCCGUUAAGUGACAAAAUAAAGUGAAAGUGUAACAACGCUGUAUAAAAAUUAGGAUGCAGCAAUGGAAGAGAACUGACAGCGUUUAAUGGAAGCCUGGUGUUAUCAGUUCCUGUUGGAAAACUUGGGUAGAAGCGUUUAAUUUACCUGUAUCAAAGGGAAAAAAAUGAACAACUGGAAAAAAUUGGAUCUAUUUAACUCAUCUAUAGUUUUAUUUUGUAAAUAUGUAUAUUUUUAAAGUGAUUUAUUUCUAAUCUGCACAGUCAUUGUAAAUUAGAAUGCAUAACACGUGCCUACACUUAUGCAGCUCCGGCUCAGUGUGUCUGGUUAGAAGAGUUACCAUUACAGCAAGCAGUGCAGUACUCAAUAGCAUGAAUAUAUCAUGAUGCAGACUGUAUUGUUAUAUUGCAGUAGUUUAGCUGGGAGGGAGAGCAUACAUUUUUAAUAGUGGUCAGAUUAUCAGGGGGUUCUUUAUUUGGUAUGCUGUGUUCAGUAUGAUCCCUUUAAAGCAGUACAGGCCCUGGGGCCAAAUGUGGCCCUCAAGAUAGUGUAAUCUGGCCCUCCAUUGCUUAUUAGGUAAAUUAUUAAUUUGACCCCAUCAUUUUUUUUUAGGGUUCUAAGAGGUGUAACACGCUGAUGUUCUAAAUAGACAAACACAAGAUAAAUAUAAAGACAAGCAUUGCAUUGUCCAGUGUAGACUCCCAUUAUGCACUGCUUGGUUACUUUUUAUUCAGUUCCAGAAUGAUCACUUCACUUGGCUCUCAGAUGAUAAACAUACUCUGUGUAUGUCUAUAGUGCACUACAGCUCCUGCCAUGCACUACGUCUUGGGUAAAUGUCACUUCCAGUUCCUAGUAUAUCCAGUUCUAAAGCACUCACUCUGUUCAAGUGGCCCCCAAGGGAAAAAGAACACUUGGCCAGUGGCCCCCGGGAUACAAUGAGUUUGAUACCCCUGCUUUAAAGACUGUGAUACAGUGCUAUCAGAUACAUAGUUGCAUCUCUGGCAGCCAAGGGAUCAAUAUAAAUCCCCCUCUUUAAUAUGUAAUUCUCCACUAGUCAUCUUCAUAUGAAACAGGUCACAAAUCAUCUUCUUUUGUGUAAGAUCAUUGGAAAUGCUUUAUUCCAAAGGCUCACAAUUUUGUCAGUAUCAAACUAACAAAAUAAAUGAUUUAUUUACCAUUUUCACCACCACUAAUGUAUAUUAAUACCCCUGGUCUUUUUUUAUUGUUUAAAAUAUAGAUAAUCCCUUUAUUACCCAUUCCUCAGUUUUGCAUAACCAACACGGUUAUAUUAAUAUACUUUUUAUCUCUGUUAUUACCUUGUAUCUAAACCUCUGCAGACUGCCCCCUUGUUUUUGUUUUAUUUGACAGACAUGCAUUUUAGCCAAUCAGUGCUGACUCCAUGGGAGUGAGCACAAUGUCAUCUAUAUGAAACACAUGAACUAACACUGUGUAACUGUGAAAAACUGUAAAAAUUAUUUUCAAUGGCUUAGAAAUCAGUUUAUGAGCCUUUCAACAAAGAAUACCAAAAGAGCAAAGCAAAUUUGAUGAUAAAAGUACAUUGGAAGUUGUUUAAAAUUGCAUGCCCUUUCUAAAUCAUGAAAGUUUAAUUUUGAUUAGACUGUCCCUUUAAACUUUCAUGAGCAUGUAAUUUUAAAUAACUUUAAAAUGUACUUAUAUUAUUAAAUUUGCUUUAUUGUCUUGCUAUCCUUUGCUGAAGAGUAAACCAAGGUAGUCUCAGUGGUGGCAACAAUGUAAAACAUUACAACUUACAAACAUUUUUGUAAGUUGCCAUAGAGUGCUGAAGAUAUGUGCACACUCCUGAGCUCUUCAACAAAGAACUCCAAAUAGAAAAAAACAAACAAAUUUAAUAAGAGACGUAAAUUGUUUAUAUUGUAUACUCUAUAUUAACCAUCAACGUUUCAUUUUGACUUUAUGGUCCCUUUAUAUAAGAAAUAUCUUUACCAUGCCUCAACCAUUUUGUGGUCAAAACAAUGUAUAUUUUGUGUGAUUAAAUAUUAUUUGUAAAACUCUAAAA